AUGCUUCUCCAAGUAAAUCCCGAUUCUGCUCAGACUGUUGUGGGUGAAUCGGGACCUGUCGUAUCUGACAACGACUCCGAACCACCUCGCUAUCAAGUCUUUCACAUAGAGCAUUCCCCAAACGUUCACAAGAUCUUUAUCCCAACCAGCUUCCCUCGACCAGCCGGCUACCUUUACUUCGUCACAGACCUCUCUCUUCAAGACCAUCCACAAACCACACUGCCUGUCACAGCUGAUGUCCUCAAGUCCUCAGAGCAGAUGGGUGACAUAUACCAAAGUCGAUUCGUUGGAUACAUCGCAUCUCAGGAUCUUGAUCGUAUGCGAGCCAUGAUCAAAGAACAUUCAAGGCCGCUCGUCCCUAGCGAUUAUGCGCCUCUCCCCGAUUAUGUGACUCGGUGCGAAGUUUGGCACCUCCUCCAGAACCUGCGGCUCCAGACGUCGGAGUCGUCAGUCUAUCGACCAGGGUCGCUGAGCCUACAUGGCAAAGGAGACUCGGUCUGGUUCUUCAAAGUGGCGGUAUUGGUUGGUAAAACUGAGCAGCGCAUUGGUAUUUCGCAGGUCAAUUAG